AUGUCUUUACCACGAAUCACUACAGUCGUGGGCGCUGGUCUUGGUGGUCUGAUCUUGGGCCAGUGUCUGAAAGCAAAGAACAUCCCCGCCACCAUUCUAGAGAAAGCUUCUUCUUCAUCACGUUUCAACUACGGUGUAACACUCCAGCAAUCUGUUUACCAGCCUUUACUGCGAAUACUUCAGAUGAAUGAAGCAAGCUUUUUGGAAAAGUGCUCGAUUGGUGUGCCUGAGGUCCAGAUGAAUUCAGCGACUACCACGACGACCAUCCGCUGCCAUCGCGGAAGAUUGGAAGCUAUUCUCCGUGAGGGGUUGGACAUCAGAUGGGAGCAGUGUCUCAAGAGUGUGAAAAUGACCCCGCAAGAAAUUUCAUUGCAUGUAGAGAAUGGGCCCACGUUUGCAAGUGACACCAUUAUUGGCGCUGAUGGAGUUCACUCGCAGCUUCGCAAGUCAUUCAUCCCAAGUUCUUGUCUCAAUGUUCUCCCCUACGUUGUUUUCAAUGGCAGACGCAGCAUUACCCUGCAAGAUUACAAGCAUGGACUCCAAAAACACAUGUCGGGCCAGACGAUAAUCCAUGCUCUACGUGGUAAUGUGCUGUUCCGGGUGUAUGUGAACGAAUACACUGCAACAGAUGUCUGUUUGGGCUACACAUAUUCGCGCCCGGCACGGGCCAACGAUCAACUUUAUGAACCGUACAGACCAACAAUUGGAGCGGAAAACAUUCCAGAGGAAUUUUACGCUGAACUGUCACUGUUCAAGCAGAAGGAGCUAGGGCAGGGAUUUGCAGACAUUUUUGACAGCGAGAAGGUUCGCCAAGACAGAGUCUUGCAUUGGUUGAUGCGAAGCAGCACGGUCCCACUCAAAGAGAUUCAGGAUCUUGCAGUCCGAGGUGUUUGGCUGAUUGGGGACGCAGCCCACCCAAUGCCAAUCUUGGGUGGGGAAGGUGCAAAUAAGACCAUCACAGAUGCGAUAGUAUUAGUAGAUCAUCUCUCGAAUGGAUCGGCUUCUAACAAGAACGAAUUCCUUAAGAAAAGACACCAAGAGUGGAGAAGGGUUGUCGACGAAGGCGAAAGGAGACUCUCUGAGAUGCAUGGUUUAGGCUUCCCUUCGUUGUGA